GGCUUGAUUGACAUACUUGCCCGAUUCAGUUAAACAAACUUGGGCCAGUACCACACAAAAUCGAGGCCCAAAUACUCACCGCUGUCGCUAAACCCUAAAUAUCAAACCUGGCUGCUCCCUUGUUCAGGUUCUCUUCCAUUCUCUCCUACAGAAGCUGCAGAUAAAAAUCCUGUAAUAAGGGGAGACAAUGAGGUUGGAGAAGUGCUGGUUCUGUUCUUCAACUGUAUAUCCUGGGCAUGGUAUUCAGUUUGUUCGUAAUGAUGCAAAGAUUUUUCGAUUUUGUAGAUCUAAAUGCCACAAGAACUUUAAAAUGAAGAGAAAUCCUCGCAAGGUGAAGUGGACUAAGGCGUACAGGCGGUUGCGUGGAAAGGAUAUGACACAGGAUUCAACAUUUGAGUUUGAGAGAAAGAGAAAUAGGCCUGAGAGAUAUGACAGGAAUCUUGCAGAAAACACACUGAAGGCCAUUAAGAAGAUUGAUAAGGUUAGAGUCGACAGAGAGGCGAAGCACCACGAGAAGAGGAUGAAGGGCAGGAAAACCAAGAUAGGAGAUCAAGCAAGAAAGGAAUUGAUACAGAGCAUCAACAUGGUCCAAGCUCCCGAUUCGAUUCGACAAGAUCGAUCAGAAAAAAUCAAGGUCCCAAAGCAAGUGGAACAAACCGCAAUGGAGGUGGAGGAGUAAUUUUAUUAUUGGAUGCCAGUUUUGAACCGUCUUAUUUUUAGCCAGCUUCAGGUUGUAUUGUGCAUCUAUCUAUCUGUGUUUUCCUGUUCUUGUAUUCACUUACAUUUCAUUCAGUAUGAAGUUGAUGAUUUUAGUUAUGUUUUCUUGAUCCGGGAUAGAGAUUGAUCAUGAAAUGUGAUAUAGAAGUUAUUCAGAUUUGAAAAAUUGGGAACUUCUAAUGUUGGCUUUAUAGUAGAGCUUUCUGCAGUGGAUUGCCAAUUGUCAACGCAAGACCUUUGCGUCUUUAUUCAUGCGGAAUUUGAAUUUGUGCUAAUUGUUGAAAUUGAUGUGUU